AUGUUGGACAUCGAAUUGAGUACAGUGAGUCACGCGUGUCACUGCUGCAGUCCGUCCAGCCUUAUUUCAAUCACCUUCAGCACAAGCACCAAAGCACCUAAUCCAGUCCGCAUCAAAGUGCACAUGAUCCCUGGCUCCUCUCUAUUAUUAUGGCACUCCACAGAACUCUCGUUAUUGCUGUUCGAAAUGCCUCUCGCAGUUGUCAGUCCCUCAGUACAGACCGACAUGCCCAGCGCACCCCAUCAGAUUCUCCAGGUCGACACAGGACAUUACGUAACUCCACUGCUGACCUCACGUACCUCGCACAUGAAUAAGUUGUCGAACUUAUUCAAAAAUCUUUUCCCAAGCUGCACCAGCAACAAACUCAGCGACGAUGAAGCGGAACCAGUCAUGUACAGAAAUUUCGAUGCUGAUUCAAACCGAUCUGAUCAUCUGAACCGGGCCACUGGAGUGAACAUGGACAAAGGGAACGGUGGUGCUCGCGGGAGUCCUGGAAAUGGCAGGCAACGUGAGAACGCGAGCUAUCAGAGGGCAAGCAGAAGUUAUAUAGAUACAACGGGUAACCAUCACUCGGGAUACAACUGCACGCCCAAACCUCCGAUUAACUAUCCCUCGCGACACUCAGGAUCGUCUGUCAAUCACCUCUCAACAUGGAACCAAUCGGCGUACGAUGAAAGAAAACAGAUAGCUCACGCAUCAGGCAAGUCAAGUGUUUCGCAAGACUACAAUACUUUUACCGAGCAACAGAGCGAGCAGUUCUCCGCGCAUCUUGCAGCGUCAAAGGAAGGCGAAAAGAAGACUGUCGAGGCGGACCAGGAGUUGAAAGUUCUCGAAGACAACGUGGUAACAAAAGAACAAGAACAAGAACUGAGAAGCGUACCUCUCCCUGACUCUGUUAAGGGCGUGGAUGAUUUUUCUCUGGAAAGGAACAUGUAUAGUCAAAGAGGAAUUGUUCCCAAAUCUGCCAGCUUCCCAGAGCUGUACUCUCAGGCGACUCGUCAAUAUAGUGCUAUCCAAGAGGACAGUUCAGCAGGCAAGAAGAAGAGGCACGGGUCUCUUCCUUAUUCAGCAAAUGCCAAGGAAGAAAUGUUAGGGGAAUGGCCGGGGUUACCAUCGACUGGCGGCGAGGGAUUUGAACGUAGGGCAACGAGCUUUUCAGACGAGAACGCUACCAGAGCACCACGAAGCACACAGACCACAGCUUUCCAGACAGGUCCUACACCAACCAGGCGAAAAGUUCCUCAAGACAACAGGACGUUUAAGCAAGGAAACAGGCCUCCUCCUUUGCUUCCUUCGGGGUCGUUCAAAAGGAAGAGUGAAAGGAAUAUACACCAAGAAGAUACACAACACAAGAAGUUCCAGAAACUCUCGGAGACAAGCCGAGAAGAUACACAGCAUAAGUUCCAAAAGCUCACGGAGACACGCCAAGAAGAUACGAAGUUCCAGAAGUUCUCGGGUCUAACAAACUUGGGCAACACAUGCUAUAUGAACUGUGUUCUGCAGUGUUUAUAUCACACAACAGAGCUCACUGACUUCUUACUUUCCAAAAACGUCCACAUUAACUUCAACACCAAGACGAAAGGGGAUGUCACAAGGGCCUUUACAAAACUGCUGACUCACAUGAAGAACAACACAAAUACAGAACCUGCAUUACGCGAACUAAAGUGGGUGGCCGGAGAGCAUGACCCCGAGUUCUUUGGACCGUGGCAGCGAGAGGCCCACGAUUUCCUGUCGGUGAUGCUGACUUGGCUUACCAAGGAGCUUGGGGAGGAGGACACCGAAGAGUUGGAAAUCAAGCAGAUAUCGAUUCCCAAUCUUCGUCCUUCGUUUCUAGUCGAUUUGUUCAACGGUAUUCACUGUUCAACAUUUAUCUGUGAGAAGAAAAAUAAGGUGUUCCUCACAAAAUACGAACCCUUUAGUAACCUGACUUUAGCUGUGAACAAUAUGAGCAGUAGCAUUGAGGACGUCUUCAAGGGGCAUUACAAGAGCCAGAUGAUUAUGUGGAAUUGUAAAUUGUGCAACGAGGACCAUGAGUGUCGCCAUGUCACCAGGAUAUAUCGCCUACCACGUGUGCUGAUAGUGCAUCUUAGUAGAUACAAUAGAUCCGCAAUCGGCACCUCAAGGAAGGCUGAAGUAUUCCCGUCCCUCGUGCUUAACUUGGAUGCUCACCUGCACCAUGAUGUCAAAAGAGGACAGACGUACGAGCUGUAUGCUUUCUGCACCCACUUAGGCAAGAUGUCUGGCGGCCACUACAUAGCCCACCACAUGGAUCGACCUGGCAGUUGGACCCUCUUUGAUGACUCUUUUGUUCAGCAUGAUGUGUCUCCCAACAUAGAUAAAGCCCAUAUUCUGUUUUACCGCGCCAAGCGAAGGGAUUUGGUGAUACCUCUUAGCGAGGUUGGGCAGCGGUCGUUGGUGUUGCCUUAAUGUCGUGUGUUUCGUCCUCUCUCGGGAAGGAAGAAACGCUUAGCUUAGCACUCGUGGAGCUAUCUACGUGCAAGCAGAAUUCCGGGUUGAAACAGAUAAAGAAUAAACUCUCCCCCAAAAAACAUUGAUUUGUAACAUUUCUUGUGAAGAGCUGUAAUUAAAUGUUGAAGGCUGCAGAAAAAUAUAUAUGAAUUUAGAAAUCUUUUGGUUUCGAAUCACGUGACGUUGGCGACCAGAUGAUGCCAAUUAUCUGCGUCAUCAUAGUAUAACUAGGCAAAAUAGCUAUUCCGCUAGAAAUAUAACUACCGUUGGCCUUCGGGGUUGUAGCUCAUCCAUCUUCCCCACUAAUUUGGUAUCAAUGGAUCCCCUGUUAACUGUCGUCCCUAAACCCUAAAUUACUGCACUCGCAUCACAGCAUAAUUAUUAACGAUCAAUUGAGCGCAUUUUAUAGAAGUUAGGUGGGACUGCCUAGCCCCACGCUUGAUUGAUGCUUCGAUGCAGUUUAGUGCCAUACCCAGGCUAGAUAUUUAGAAAUACAAAACGUUAUAAACAGAAGCAUUAAGGGUCAGUCCAUUAGUAUGAAAUAGAGACCUGGUGAAUCGGAAUAAAGCGGUUUCCAUUUUUCCCUUAAAUUAGGUACACUGUACUUAUUUUAUAACUGCAUUCGCGUUAUUCAUUUACUGAUUGCAUAUAAGGAUUAUGGCGCUUAUGUGUAAAGAUUUCAUAGUUUAUAAAUCUGUUCUUGAAAAUAUAUGUUUUAUGAUUCCCCGUGAUGAUGGUGCAAGAUUAACCCUGUCUGAUUUAUUAUCUUGUGUUGUUUCCUGUUUCAGUGAUUUCAGUGACUGCAUUCAUAGUAUAUUCGCAAGUUUUAAAUAAACAGUUAAUGGAUA